AUAAAUUAGAUAAAUUCAACAAACGCUACAAUGAAACUUGUGUUCGCUUGUCUGGCGGUGCUGUUCCUAGCCUCGGCACUAGCUAAGCCGAGGAGAAAAAAGAAGCAGAGCAUAGCUGAUACCUUCGUCGAAGCUGGUUUCCCAGAAGUUCUGAACAUAGCGGCACCAGAAAACUCGUUUGAAGUAACAUAUGGUCCUGUAAGGGUAAAUAUGGGAAAUGAGAUUUACCCCGGUCUCACCAGCGAUCGGCCCGACAUCGCGUGGAAGAAUGCUGAUCGCAAUGCUUUAUAUGCUUUCAUCAUGCUAGAUCCAAACUUACUUUUAUCAGCGAAAGAAGAACGUGGAAGGACCUUGCUUCACGCAUUGUACGUGAACAUUAGAAACAUGGACUUAGACUCGGCUGAUGAAGUGGCGAGGUUCAUAAGUCCCAGCCCUGCUCCUGGUAGUGGAGUGCAUGAUUACGUAUAUUUGUUAUAUAAACAUAAAAAGAGAAUAGAUACCAGUGCGUCUGACAUACCAGACUUCAGCCAACCUGGCUACCGGAUACUAUUCAAUCUUACAGAGUUCUUAUCAGAAUAUGACUUUGGUGAUGCGGAGGCCGGCAACUUCCACAGAGCUCAGUUUCCUGACGACUUAGAAGAAGCUUGCGAAGAGUAUUGUGAAUGAGCGUUAAAAGUAAUAAUUAAUCAGUGGGGUUGGGGGGCUAACUAUAGCACUGGGCCAUCAAAAUGGGCCGCUAACGGGGCCCCUUAACACUUUCGGUGCGGCCCUGAUUUUUCUCUACUUUCCUCUGGUGCGGUACGAGGUCAAUCGACCUCGUAACUCUUGAACACACUAGACAUACGAGGUCAAUUGACCUCGUACCACAGCGAACGUGUUUUAACCGAGAGGACGUGAGCUCAAAGUACAACUUGAGAAUUUUUUGGUACCCCAACCUAUGAAUAUAUUAACGGUAAAGGAGCUAGACUCAUCAUGGAGAGGUCAUGGUUCGAUCCCCGCCCAUUGGACAUUGUUGUCCCCACUCCUAACAAAGUCCUUUACUAGAGAUUGGGUACGGGAAUAU